AUGUCCCCUCAACCAUCUCCCUUUCUGCGAACUUCAACAGUUCCAACGAAAAAAAAUGAUGAUAUUACCAAUUACAUUUCAACAAUUAUGAAAAACGAUUACAAUAUCUCAAUUCACAUGAAACCUAAUCUGCCAUUCUUCUUACAUGGAACAACUGACGAUGUACAGGAGAAUUUUUACAAAAUCGUAUCAAAUCCAGACGAAAGUUUUCAACAGAAGCAAAAUAAAUUGGAUCAAUUAGUUUUAGGUUUGGACAGUAAAAAUCAGGAACUGUACGAUCAAUACCGACGGAUGAAAGAGAUGGAAGAGAGAGAAAAACGUGAAAGAGUUCACGCUAUUGUCGGAAAUAUGUCUAACAAAGCGCAAGCUGUUUUUGCAAAGUUAUCAGCGGUAAUGAUGAAUCCAACGAUGAAAGAUAUUGAACGAAUGAAAAAAAUUAAUGAUUUCUACAAUAAUGUUGAUGAUGAUAUUAAAAAUGAAUUUCAAGAUAAAAUACGUAGCCUAAAUUGGAAAUGA